CUGCGCGACCUGACCUACGACGGCGCGCGCAAGGACGGCUGGCUCUCGGGCGGCCUCGGCCAGCUCACCGACGGCGAGACCGGACACACCAACUUCCGCGUCGACGCCCUCGGAAUAGGGAGAGGCUACGAGUGGAUCGGCUGGAAGAACGACACGCGGCAGACGCGGCCCGUCGAGAUCACGUUCGAGUUCGACUCCGUCAGGAACUUCUCGGCCGUCCACAUCUACACCAACAACUUCUUCACCAAGGACACGCAGCGUCGAGUACGAGUACGUGGUGGACCGCAUCUUCGAGAACGCGCGCAACGUCACCAUCCGCCUCCGCAACGCCGCCGCCAAGUUCGUGAAGCUGCAGCUGUUCUUCGCGCUGCGCUGGAUCAUGAUCUCCGAGGUCGCCUUCGACUCCGUUCCCUGCCGGUGCAACAUGACGCCCGAGGAGCCGCCGGCGCCGCCGACCACGCCGCGGGUGGAGGACGAGGGGGCGGUGAAGACGCGCGCGCCCGUCGUGCCGGCCCAGAGCACGUCGUCGCUGCUGCUGCUCGUCGGCCUCAUCGUGCUGGGCGCCGUCUUCGUCAUGAUACCCAUCGCACUAGGCGUCCUCUACUACCGCACGCGGCUGGCGCGGAAGACCAAGAAGAAAUCGCCGCCGGCGUCCGAGAACGGCGUCGACGCCCGGAAGGUAUCCAUGAAAAUGAAGGACCUGCACAUCAACGUGAAUCUGACGCCCAUGACCAACGGCUACUCGCGGGCCAAGGGCAAGCUGUACGGCCAAGUGGCGCUGGACGAGGAGGCGGCGGCCAUGUACCAGGAGCCGUUCAAGGGCCCCGUGCACAACCCCGGCUACCACACGCUCGGCCACUCGACCUCCGAGACGCCCCUCAAGUGCCCGCUGCCGCUCGACACCGACGACUCCGUGGACUACGCCGUGCCCGACGUCAACAUGACGCCACCGCCGCCCUUCUCCGAGGUGUACUCGCGGGACGGUGGCGUGGCUCCCCCCAUCCCGCCCAUCCCGCCCCCGCCCAAGCAGGAGUACUACGCCGCCCCUCACAUGUGCCAGUCUUCCGUGAUCCAGGGCGUCACAGGGACCGUGAUCUACGCCGCCGCAGACACUACCAACCUGGCGAAGGAGCGGUCCGUGCCCGAAGUGCCCAGAAGCCAUAUCCGUGUCUUGGAGACGCUCGGCGAAGGAGUCUUCGGCGUCGUGCAGCUGUGUGAGGUAAAGUGCCCCCCUGGCCUGGGGUCAAGGAAGGUCGCGGUCAAAUGCCUGAAGCCCGGAGCGAGCGAGGAGACGAAGGAGGACUUCCGGCAGGAGUCUAGGAUCCUGAGCCGGAUCGACGACCCGAACAUCGUCCGGCUGCUGGGGAUCGUCAGCAGCUCGGAGCCGCUGUGCAUGCUGCUCGAGUACAUGGACUACGGCGACCUGUACCAGUUCCUGCGGCGGCACGUCGCCGAGGGGAUCACGGCGCCCACGGCGGCUCGCAACCACAUGGAGCCUCGAGUCCUCAGCUACGGCGCCCUCGUCUACAUCGCCUCCCAGGUCGCCUCGGGCAUGAAGCACCUCGAGAGCUUGAGCUUCGUGCACCGCGACCUGGCGACGCGCAACUGCCUGGUGGGCGGCGGCCUCUCCGUCAAGAUCUCGGACUUCGGCAUGAGUCGGCCGCUCUACUCCAGCGACUACUACCGCCUGAGCGACUCGCGCGCGCUGCUGCCGAUCCGCUGGAUGGCGUGGGAGGCCAUCCUGCAGGGGCGCUUCUCCACCAAGAGCGACGUGUGGGCCUUCGGCGUGACGCUCUGGGAGAUCCUGACGAUGGCGCGGCAGCAGCCCUUCGACGAGCUCAGCGACGACGGCGUCCUGGAGAACGUGUCUCACUGUUACCAUGGCGACGGCUCCGGCAUGAUGCUGCUGCCGCAGCCGCCGCUCUGCCCGCGCGAGAUGUACGACAUGAUGGCCGCCUGCUGGAGGCCCAACCCCCGCCAGCGGCCGCCCUUCUGGGAGGUCCUCAUGUUCCUGCAGCGCAAGAACCUCGGGUACACGCUGGACUACGUCGACUGAGGAACUACAUUAUGAACACAGGGCAUCCUAAUUCCCUCGUAAAUAACGACAACCGGUCCGUAGAAAACGCUUCCUCACUCUCUUGGGUAUAUCCAUAAAGCAGAAUGCCUUCCGAAAUAAGUGUUAACUUCAGAGAAAUUUUAAAGGAAAACAUAAUGCUCAGCUUUAGACUUUUAUCGUGGUUUACCCUGCAGCCGAUUUAGUUCAUGGAAAACGGUUGUAGAAGGAUGACCGUAAUCCUUUAGAACGCCGACCUUACGUGAAGAAAAAGAAAAACAAGUGCAAUGUAAAAAACGCCAAAACAUGCUACCAAUACUUUCGCAUUGAAAUGCAAAUAUGGACAUAUAAUCGGCGAGAUAGAGUGGUCGCUGCAGCUGGACCUUAGAGGGAAAAUGUUAUAUAAGCAAGGAGAUGCAGUCAGACGUCAGAAACAUCAUCAGUGACGUAUUUGGGACGACCUUCAGUGUCGAAGAUCUCCUUCUGGAGGUUGUGCUAGAGGGUUUCAAUAGGGUUGUAAUGUAAUGUAAAAUCUACGUAACGUUCAACCUGAUGACUGAUGGGUAUUGAGGAGCUGGAAGGCGCCAAAUC